AUGCUCACUGAAUUAAACGAUCGGUUGGCACGGAUUGCAAUACCCAGUGUUACAUUAUCGGCUAAAUUGCAACAUGCGCAAGCAUUGCUAUCAUCAAAUUUGAAUGAAUAUUUUCGAGCAGCUGCUGAUCAAUUAGUGCAAGAAAUGGAACAACAAAUUGGAAAAUAUAUGGAGCAUGUUCGCAUACAGAUGUCAAGGAAUGUAUCAAGUUGUGUUCCAUUAUUUAAUAUUGCCAAAAAGACACGUACUGCACUAUGUCAAGCUUUUAUAGAUCCAUUU